CACGCCCACAUUCAUCACAUUCCAGUACACCCACUAGACAAACAACACAGAGAAUAUCAAGCAAAGAAUGGCGUCCCUAACCGUGGCUAGUCCCUCAAGAGGCAAGAAACCUCUCACCAUCGAUGGUGACAUCAAAAGAAUACUGGAGCUGUUGGAUUUCCUACGUGACAAGGAUGACAUCACUGUUCCAAGAGAGCAGAUGGCGCAACUGAAAGAAGUUCUUGAGUCAUCUUUCUUCUGCUCUGUCAAAGAGGUGUACGAGCAUGUGUACAACACAGUAGACGAGGAGGGAAGUGUGAGCGGUAAGGCCACUGCCACAGCCAAGGCCACCAUUGCCGCCUUUGCUGCCAGUGAAGGGCAGGGACAUCCAAGGAUUGUGGAACUCGAGAAGGUAAUAACACACACACACAUACACACAUACAUAAAAGCCAAUAAUUGUGUGUAUUUUGUUAGGACUGUUUAUUUGAAUUCACAGACGGAUGAGGGUUUUGGAUUCAAUGUAAUGGGGGGUAGUGGUCAGAAAUGCCCCAUUUACAUCUCACGCGUCAUUCCAGGUGGCUAUAGUGACAGACAUGGUGGGAUCAGACGUGGAGACCAACUUCUCUCAGUCAAUGGAGUGAAUCUGGAAGAGGCCACUCACGAGACGGCCAUUGAUGUGCUCAAGGCGACUGAGGGAGCGGUGAAACUGGUCGUGAAAUACUCACCCAAGAUCCUCGAAGAAAUGGAGUUCAGAUUCGAGCAUACCAAGUCGUUCCGCAGAGGAGGUCGACACUCCACAAGACACUAGCUAGAAUGAUGACUAGGACAACAAUCUACAUGUAGCCUUAACUUUUUAUCCACUCUGUACAUGCUGCGAUUAUGGAUUUUUGAUAUUAAAUAAUUAUGGAUUUUUGCUGUUAAAUGAUUAUGGAUUUUUGCUAUUA